AUGGAGCACAUCGCUGUCCCUGGAACAUUUCUUUUUGGCAAUCUGCCGUCGGAGUGGGGCGGCAUGUCCGGGCUCAAGUAUCUUGACGCUGGUGGGACAAUGCUUACAGGCCAGCUACCGACCACUUGGUCGAAUCUGAAAAACUUGGAGGUACUGCGUAUCAAUGAAGCAAUGCUCUCUGGUAGCCUCCCAGACACAUGGAGCAGCAUGACCUCACUGAAACAGCUGGACCUCAGCACUAACACUAUUGACGCCAUCCUGCCGUCGUCAUGGAGACUCCUUAAAAACAUCCGUAGCCUCCAGCUACAGAGCAACCACCUACGCGGAACCCUUCCCCAAUCAUGGAAAGAACUGACUAACAUUGAGGAAUUCCGCGUCGAUGACAACCAGCUCAUAGGAAGAAUUCCAGAAAGCUACAGUGCGUGGAUAAAGAUCAAAAAUGCCGAUCUUCGACUCAACAAUUUCUGCGAAUGUCUCCCCUCCAGAUGGGUAGACAACAACGGGAUAACGAUUUCUGCUACCGCCGACGCUCCCGUGUUAGCUGAAGAUUGCGCAACCGAAAAUCAGUGUACUGAUAUACCACCGCCGUCUUCCUCGUCGUCCUCGUCGUCUGCGCCGUCCAGCAGCAGCUCCGCGCCGUCGUCGUCCUCGUCGUCUGCACCGUCCAGCAGCAGCUCCGCGCCGUCGUCGUCCUCGUCGUCUGCGCCGUCCAGCAGCAGCUCCGCGCCGUCGUCGUCCUCGUCGUCUGCGCCGUCCAGCAGCAGCUCCGCGCCGUCGUCCUCGUCGUCUGCACCGUCCAGCAGCAGCUCCGCGCCGUCGUCGUCCUCGUCGUCUGCGCCGUCCAGCAGCAGCUCCGCGCCGUCGUCGUCCUCGUCGUCUGCACCGUCCAGCAGCAGCUCCGCGCCGUCGUCGUCCUCGUCGUCUGCGCCGCCCAGCAGCAGCUCCGCGCCGUCGUCGUCCUCGUCGUCUGCGCCGUCCAGCAGCAGCUCCGCGCCGUCGUCCUCGUCGUCUGCGCCGUCCAGCAGCAGCUCCGCGCCGUCGUCGUCCUCGUCGUCUGCACCGUCCAGCAGCAGCUCUGCGCCGUCGUCGUCCUCGUCGUCUGCGCCGUCCAGCAGCAGCUCCGCGCCGUCGUCGUCCUCGUCGUCUGCACCGUCCAGCAGCAGCUCCGCGCCGUCGUCGUCCUCGUCGUCUGCGCCGUCCAGCAGCAGCUCCGCGCCGUCGUCGUCCUCGUCGUCUGCGCCGUCCAGCAGCAGCUCUGCGCCGUCGUCGUCCUCGUCGUCUGCGCCGUCCAGCAGCAGCUCCGCGCCGUCGUCGUCCUCGUCGUCUGCACCGUCCAGCAGCAGCUCCGCGCCGUCGUCGUCCUCGUCGUCUGCGCCGUCCAGCAGCAGCUCUGCGCCGUCGUCGUCCUCGUCGUCUGCACCGUCCAGCAGCAGCUCCGCGCCGUCGUCGUCCUCGUCGUCUGCGCCGUCCAGCAGCAGCUCUGCGCCGUCGUCGUCCUCGUCGUCUGCGCCGUCCAGCAGCAGCUCCGCGCCGUCGUCCUCGUCGUCUGCACCGUCCAGCAGCAGCUCUGCGCCGUCGUCGUCCUCGUCGUCUGCGCCGUCCAGCAGCAGCUCUGCGCCGUCGUCGUCCUCGUCGUCUGCGCCGUCCAGCAGCAGCUCCGCGCCGUCGUCGUCCUCGUCGUCUGCACCGUCCAGCAGCAGCUCCGCGCCGUCGUCGUCCUCGUCGUCUGCACCGUCCAGCAGCAGCUCCGCGCCGUCGUCGUCCUCGUCGUCUGCGCCGUCCAGCAGCAGCUCUGCGCCGUCGUCGUCCUCGUCGUCUGCGCCGUCCAGCAGCAGCUCUGCGCCGUCGUCGUCCUCGUCGUCUGCGCCGUCCAGCAGCAGCUCUGCGCCGUCGUCGUCCUCGUCGUCUGCGCCGUCCAGCAGCAGCUCCGCGCCGUCGUCGUCCUCGUCGUCUGCACCGUCCAGCAGCAGCUCCGCGCCGUCGUCGUCCUCGUCGUCUGCACCGUCCAGCAGCAGCUCCGCGCCGUCGUCGUCCUCGUCGUCUGCGCCGUCCAGCAGCAGCUCUGCGCCGUCGUCGUCCUCGUCGUCUGCGCCGUCCAGCAGCAGCUCCGCGCCGUCGUCCUCGUCGUCUGCACCGUCCAGCAGCAGCUCUGCGCCGUCGUCGUCCUCGUCGUCUGCGCCGUCCAGCAGCAGCUCUGCGCCGUCGUCGUCCUCGUCGUCUGCGCCGUCCAGCAGCAGCUCCGCGCCGUCGUCGUCCUCGUCGUCUGCACCGUCCAGCAGCAGCUCCGCGCCGUCGUCGUCCUCGUCGUCUGCACCGUCCAGCAGCAGCUCCGCGCCGUCGUCGUCCUCGUCGUCUGCGCCGUCCAGCAGCAGCUCCGCGCCGUCGUCGUCCUCGUCGUCUGCACCGUCCAGCAGCAGCUCCGCGCCGUCGUCGUCCUCGUCGUCUGCGCCGUCCAGCAGCAGCUCCGCGCCGUCGUCGUCCUCGUCGUCUGCGCCGUCCAGCAGCAGCUCUGCGCCGUCGUCGUCCUCGUCGUCUGCGCCGUCCAGCAGCAGCUCCGCGCCGUCGUCGUCCUCGUCGUCUGCACCGUCCAGCAGCAGCUCCGCGCCGUCGUCGUCCUCGUCGUCUGCGCCGUCCAGCAGCAGCUCUGCGCCGUCGUCGUCCUCGUCGUCUGCGCCGUCCAGCAGCAGCUCCGCGCCGUCGUCCUCGUCGUCUGCACCGUCCAGCAGCAGCUCUGCGCCGUCGUCGUCCUCGUCGUCUGCGCCGUCCAGCAGCAGCUCCGCGCCGUCGUCGUCCUCGUCGUCUGCGCCGUCCAGCAGCAGCUCUGCGCCGUCGUCGUCCUCGUCGUCUGCGCCGUCCAGCAGCAGCUCCGCGCCGUCGUCCUCGUCGUCUGCACCGUCCAGCAGCAGCUCCGCGCCGUCGUCGUCCUCGUCGUCUGCGCCGUCCAGCAGCAGCUCCGCGCCGUCGUCGUCCUCGUCGUCUGCGCCGUCCAGCAGCAGCUCCGCGCCGUCGUCGUCCUCGUCGUCUGCACCGUCCAGCAGCAGCUCCGCGCCGUCGUCGUCCUCGUCGUCUGCGCCGUCCAGCAGCAGCUCCGCGCCGUCGUCGUCCUCGUCGUCUGCGCCGUCCAGCAGCAGCUCCGCGCCGUCGUCGUCCUCGUCGUCUGCGCCGUCCAGCAGCAGCUCUGCGCCGUCGUCGUCCUCGUCGUCUGCACCGUCCAGCAGCAGCUCCGCGCCGUCGUCGUCCUCGUCGUCUGCACCGUCCAGCAGCAGCUCCGCGCCGUCGUCGUCCUCGUCGUCUGCGCCGUCCAGCAGCAGCUCCGCGCCGUCGUCCUCGUCGUCUGCGCCGUCCAGCAGCAGCUCCGCGCCGUCGUCGUCCUCGUCGUCUGCACCGUUCAGCAGCAGCUCCGCGCCGUCGUCGUCCUCGUCGUCUGCGCCGUCCAGCAGCAGCUCCGCGCCGUCGUCGUCCUCGUCGUCUGCGCCGUCCAGCAGCAGCUCCGCGCCGUCGUCGUCCUCGUCGUCUGCGCCGUCCAGCAGCAGCUCCGCGCCGUCGUCCUCGUCGUCUGCACCGUCCAGCAGCAGCUCUGCGCCGUCGUCGUCCUCGUCGUCUGCACCGUCCAGCAGCAGCUCCGCGCCGUCGUCCUCGUCGUCUGCGCCGUCCAGCAGCAGCUCCGCGCCGUCGUCGUCCUCGUCGUCUGCACCGUCCAGCAGCAGCUCCGCGCCGUCGUCGUCCUCGUCGUCUGCGCCGUCCAGCAGCAGCUCCGCGCCGUCGUCGUCCUCGUCGUCUGCGCCGUCCAGCAGCAGCUCCGCGCCGUCGUCGUCCUCGUCGUCUGCGCCGUCCAGCAGCAGCUCCGCGCCGUCGUCGUCCUCGUCGUCUGCACCGUCCAGCAGCAGCUCUGCGCCGUCGUCGUCCUCGUCGUCUGCGCCGUCCAGCAGCAGCUCCGCGCCGUCGUCGUCCUCGUCGUCUGCGCCGUCCAGCAGCAGCUCCGCGCCGUCGUCGUCCUCGUCGUCUGCACCGUCCAGCAGCAGCUCCGCGCCGUCGUCGUCCUCGUCGUCUGCGCCGUCCAGCAGCAGCUCCGCGCCGUCGUCGUCCUCGUCGUCUGCGCCGUCCAGCAGCAGCUCCGCGCCGUCGUCGUCCUCGUCGUCUGCGCCGUCCAGCAGCAGCUCCGCGCCGUCGUCGUCCUCGUCGUCUGCGCCGUCCAGCAGCAGCUCCGCGCCGUCGUCGUCCUCGUCGUCUGCACCGUCCAGCAGCAGCUCCGCGCCGUCGUCGUCCUCGUCGUCUGCGCCGUCCAGCAGCAGCUCCGCGCCGUCGUCGUCCUCGUCGUCUGCGCCGUCCAGCAGCAGCUCCGCGCCGUCGUCGUCCUCGUCGUCUGCGCCGUCCAGCAGCAGCUCCGCGCCGUCGUCCUCGUCGUCUGCGCCGUCCAGCAGCAGCUCCGCGCCGUCGUCGUCCUCGUCGUCUGCGCCGUCCAGCAGCAGCUCCGCGCCGUCGUCCUCGUCGUCUCUGCGCCGUCCAGCAGCAGCUCCGCGCCGUCGUCGUCCUCGUCGUCUGCGCCGUCCAGCAGCAGCUCCGCGCCGUCGUCGUCCUCGUCGUCUGCGCCGUCCAGCAGCAGCUCCGCGCCGUCGUCGUCCUCGUCGUCUGCGCCGUCCAGCAGCAGCUCCGCGCCGUCGUCGUCCUCGUCGUCUGCGCCGUCCAGCAGCAGCUCCGCGCCGUCGUCGUCCUCGUCGUCUGCACCGUCCAGCAGCAGCUCCGCGCCGUCGUCGUCCUCGUCGUCUGCGCCGUCCAGCAGCAGCUCCGCGCCGUCGUCGUCCUCGUCGUCUGCGCCGUCCAGCAGCAGCUCCGCGCCGUCGUCGUCCUCGUCGUCUGCGCCGUCCAGCAGCAGCUCCGCGCCGUCGUCGUCCUCGUCGUCUGCGCCGUCCAGCAGCAGCUCCGCGCCGUCGUCGUCCUCGUCGUCUGCGCCGUCCAGCAGCAGCUCCGCGCCGUCGUCGUCCUCGUCGUCUGCACCGUCCAGCAGCAGCUCCGCGCCGUCGUCGUCCUCGUCGUCUGCGCCGUCCAGCAGCAGCUCCGCGCCGUCGUCGUCCUCGUCGUCUGCACCGUCCAGCAGCAGCUCCGCGCCGUCGUCGUCCUCGUCGUCUGCGCCGUCCAGCAGCAGCUCCGCGCCGUCGUCGUCCUCGUCGUCUGCGCCGUCCAGCAGCAGCUCCGCGCCGUCGUCGUCCUCGUCGUCUGCGCCGUCCAGCAGCAGCUCCGCGCCGUCGUCGUCCUCGUCGUCUGCGCCGUCCAGCAGCAGCUCCGCGCCGUCGUCGUCCUCGUCGUCUGCACCGUCCAGCAGCAGCUCCGCGCCGUCGUCGUCCUCGUCGUCUGCGCCGUCCAGCAGCAGCUCCGCGCCGUCGUCGUCCUCGUCGUCUGCGCCGUCCAGCAGCAGCUCCGCGCCGUCGUCCUCGUCGUCUGCACCGUCCAGCAGCAGCUCCGCGCCGUCGUCGUCCUCGUCGUCUGCGCCGUCCAGCAGCAGCUCCGCGCCGUCGUCCUCGUCGUCUGCACCGUCCAGCAGCAGCUCUGCGCCGUCGUCGUCCUCGUCGUCUGCGCCGUCCAGCAGCAGCUCCGCGCCGUCGUCGUCCUCGUCGUCUGCACCGUCCAGCAGCAGCUCCGCGCCGUCGUCCUCGUCGUCUGCGCCGUCCAGCAGCAGCUCUGCGCCGUCGUCGUCCUCGUCGUCUGCGCCGUCCAGCAGCAGCUCCGCGCCGUCGUCGUCCUCGUCGUCUGCGCCGUCCAGCAGCAGCUCCGCGCCGUCGUCGUCCUCGUCGUCUGCGCCGUCCAGCAGCAGCUCCGCGCCGUCGUCGUCCUCGUCGUCUGCACCGUCCAGCAGCAGCUCUGCGCCGUCGUCGUCCUCGUCGUCUGCACCGUCCAGCAGCAGCUCUGCGCCGUCGUCGUCCUCGUCGUCUGCGCCGUCCAGCAGCAGCUCCGCGCCGUCGUCGUCCUCGUCGUCUGCGCCGUCCAGCAGCAGCUCCGCGCCGUCGUCGUCCUCGUCGUCUGCGCCGUCCAGCAGCAGCUCCGCGCCGUCGUCGUCCUCGUCGUCUGCACCGUCCAGCAGCAGCUCCGCGCCGUCGUCGUCCUCGUCGUCUGCGCCGUCCAGCAGCAGCUCCGCGCCGUCGUCCUCGUCGUCUGCACCGUCCAGCAGCAGCUCCGCGCCGUCGUCGUCCUCGUCGUCUGCGCCGUCCAGCAGCAGCUCCGCGCCGUCGUCCUCGUCGUCUGCACCGUCCAGCAGCAGCUCCGCGCCGUCGUCGUCCUCGUCGUCUGCGCCGUCCAGCAGCAGCUCCGCGCCGUCGUCGUCCUCGUCGUCUGCGCCGUCCAGCAGCAGCUCCGCGCCGUCGUCCUCGUCGUCUGCACCGUCCAGCAGCAGCUCUGCGCCGUCGUCGUCCUCGUCGUCUGCGCCGUCCAGCAGCAGCUCCGCGCCGUCGUCGUCCUCGUCGUCUGCGCCGUCCAGCAGCAGCUCCGCGCCGUCGUCGUCCUCGUCGUCUGCACCGUCCAGCAGCAGCUCCGCGCCGUCGUCCUCGUCGUCUGCACCGUCCAGCAGCAGCUCCGCGCCGUCGUCGUCCUCGUCGUCUGCACCGUCCAGCAGCAGCUCCGCGCCGUCGUCGUCCUCGUCGUCUGCGCCGUCCAGCAGCAGCUCCGCGCCGUCGUCGUCCUCGUCGUCUGCGCCGUCCAGCAGCAGCUCCGCGCCGUCGUCGUCCUCGUCGUCUGCACCGUCCAGCAGCAGCUCCGCGCCGUCGUCGUCCUCGUCGUCUGCGCCGUCCAGCAGCAGCUCCGCGCCGUCGUCGUCCUCGUCGUCUGCGCCGUCCAGCAGCAGCUCCGCGCCGUCGUCGUCCUCGUCGUCUGCACCGUCCAGCAGCAGCUCCGCGCCGUCGUCGUCCUCGUCGUCUGCACCGUCCAGCAGCAGCUCCGCGCCGUCGUCGUCCUCGUCGUCUGCACCGUCCAGCAGCAGCUCCGCGCCGUCGUCGUCCUCGUCGUCUGCACCGUCCAGCAGCAGCUCCGCGCCGUCGUCGUCCUCGUCGUCUGCACCGUCCAGCAGCAGCUCCGCGCCGUCGUCGUCCUCGUCGUCUGCGCCGUCCAGCAGCAGCUCUGCGCCGUCGUCGUCCUCGUCGUCUGCGCCGUCCAGCAGCAGCUCUGCGCCGUCGUCGUCCUCGUCGUCUGCGCCGUCCAGCAGCAGCUCCGCGCCGUCGUCGUCCUCGUCGUCUGCACCGUCCAGCAGCAGCUCCGCGCCGUCGUCGUCCUCGUCGUCUGCACCGUCCAGCAGCAGCUCCGCGCCGUCGUCGUCCUCGUCGUCUGCACCGUCCAGCAGCAGCUCCGCGCCGUCGUCGUCCUCGUCGUCUGCGCCGUCCAGCAGCAGCUCCGCGCCGUCGUCCUCGUCGUCUGCACCGUCCAGCAGCAGCUCCGCGCCGUCGUCGUCCUCGUCGUCUGCGCCGUCUCGUCCUCGUCAGCAGCAGCUCCGCGCCGUCGUCCUCGUCGUCUGCACCGUCCAGCAGCAGCUCUGCGCCGUCGUCGUCCUCGUCGUCUGCGCCGUCCAGCAGCAGCUCCGCGCCGUCGUCGUCCUCGUCGUCUGCGCCGUCCAGCAGCAGCUCCGCGCCGUCGUCGUCCUCGUCGUCUGCACCGUCCAGCAGCAGCUCCGCGCCGUCGUCGUCCUCGUCGUCUGCGCCGUCCAGCAGCAGCUCCGCGCCGUCGUCGUCCUCGUCGUCUGCGCCGUCCAGCAGCAGCUCCGCGCCGUCGUCGUCCUCGUCGUCUGCGCCGUCCAGCAGCAGCUCCGCGCCGUCGUCGUCCUCGUCGUCUGCGCCGUCCAGCAGCAGCUCCGCGCCGUCGUCGUCCUCGUCGUCUGCGCCGUCCAGCAGCAGCUCCGCGCCGUCGUCGUCCUCGUCGUCUGCGCCGUCCAGCAGCAGCUCCGCGCCGUCGUCGUCCUCGUCGUCUGCACCGUCCAGCAGCAGCUCCGCGCCGUCCGUCGUCCUCGUCGUCUGCGCCGUCCAGCAGCAGCUCCGCGCCGUCGUCGUCCUCGUCGUCUGCACCGUCCAGCAGCAGCUCCGCGCCGUCGUCGUCCUCGUCGUCUGCGCCGUCCAGCAGCAGCUCCGCGCCGUCGUCGUCCUCGUCGUCUGCACCGUCCAGCAGCAGCUCCGCGCCGUCGUCCUCGUCGUCUGCACCGUCCAGCAGCAGCUCCGCGCCGUCGUCGUCCUCGUCGUCUGCGCCGUCCAGCAGCAGCUCCGCGCCGUCGUCGUCCUCGUCGUCUGCACCGUCCAGCAGCAGCUCCGCGCCGUCGUCGUCCUCGUCGUCUGCGCCGUCCAGCAGCAGCUCCGCGCCGUCGUCGUCCUCGUCGUCUGCGCCGUCCAGCAGCAGCUCCGCGCCGUCGUCGUCCUCGUCGUCUGCACCGUCCAGCAGCAGCUCCGCGCCGUCGUCGUCCUCGUCGUCUGCGCCGUCCAGCAGCAGCUCCGCGCCGUCGUCGUCCUCGUCGUCUGCGCCGUCCAGCAGCAGCUCCGCGCCGUCGUCCUCGUCGUCUGCGCCGUCCAGCAGCAGCUCCGCGCCGUCGUCGUCCUCGUCGUCUGCGCCGUCCAGCAGCAGCUCCGCGCCGUCGUCGUCCUCGUCGUCUGCGCCGUCCAGCAGCAGCUCCGCGCCGUCGUCCUCGUCGUCUGCACCGUCCAGCAGCAGCUCUGCGCCGUCGUCGUCCUCGUCGUCUGCGCCGUCCAGCAGCAGCUCCGCGCCGUCGUCGUCCUCGUCGUCUGCACCGUCCAGCAGCAGCUCCGCGCCGUCGUCGUCCUCGUCGUCUGCGCCGUCCAGCAGCAGCUCCGCGCCGUCGUCCUCGUCGUCUGCGCCGUCCAGCAGCAGCUCCGCGCCGUCGUCGUCCUCGUCGUCUGCACCGUCCAGCAGCAGCUCCGCGCCGUCGUCGUCCUCGUCGUCUGCACCGUCCAGCAGCAGCUCUGCGCCGUCGUCGUCCUCGUCGUCUGCGCCGUCCAGCAGCAGCUCCGCGCCGUCGUCCUCGUCGUCUGCGCCGUCCAGCAGCAGCUCCGCGCCGUCGUCGUCCUCGUCGUCUGCGCCGUCCAGCAGCAGCUCCGCGCCGUCGUCGUCCUCGUCGUCUGCGCCGUCCAGCAGCAGCUCCGCGCCGUCGUCGUCGUCGUCUGCACCGUCCAGCAGCAGCUCCGCGCCGUCGUCGUCCUCGUCGUCUGCGCCGUCCAGCAGCAGCUCCGCGCCGUCGUCGUCCUCGUCGUCUGCGCCGUCCAGCAGCAGCUCCGCGCCGUCGUCGUCGUCGUCGUCUGCACCGUCCAGCAGCAGCUCCGCGCCGUCGUCGUCCUCGUCGUCUGCGCCGUCCAGCAGCAGCUCCGCGCCGUCGUCGUCGUCGUCGGCGCCGCCCAGCAGCAGCUCCGCGCCGUCGUCGUCGUCGUCGUCGGCUCCGACCAGCAGCAGCUCCGCGCCGUCGUCGUCCUCGUCGUCUGCACCGUCCAGCAGCAGCUCUGCGCCGUCGUCGUCCUCGUCGUCUGCACCGUCCAGCAGCAGCUCCGCGCCGUCGUCCUCGUCGUCUGCACCGUCCAGCAGCAGCUCCGCGCCGUCGUCGUCCUCGUCGUCUGCGCCGUCCAGCAGCAGCUCCGCGCCGUCGUCCUCGUCGUCUGCACCGUCCAGCAGCAGCUCCGCGCCGUCGUCGUCCUCGUCGUCUGCACCGUCCAGCAGCAGCUCCGCGCCGUCGUCGUCCUCGUCGUCUGCACCGUCCAGCAGCAGCUCCGCGCCGUCGUCGUCCUCGUCGUCUGCGCCGUCCAGCAGCAGCUCCGCGCCGUCGUCCUCGUCGUCUGCACCGUCCAGCAGCAGCUCCGCGCCGUCGUCCUCGUCGUCUGCACCGUCCAGCAGCAGCUCCGCGCCGUCGUCGUCCUCGUCGUCUGCGCCGUCCAGCAGCAGCUCCGCGCCGUCGUCGCCCUCGUCGUCUGCGCCGUCCAGCAGCAGCUCCGCGCCGUCGUCCUCGUCGUCUGCACCGUCCAGCAGCAGCUCCGCGCCGUCGUCCUCGUCGUCUGCACCGUCCAGCAGCAGCUCCGCGCCGUCGUCGUCUUCGUCGUCCUCGUCGUCUGCGCCGUCCAGCAGCAGCUCCGCGCCGUCGUCGUCCUCGUCGUCUGCGCCGUCCAGCAGCAGCUCCGCGCCGUCGUCGUCCUCGUCGUCUGCACCGUCCAGCAGCAGCUCCGCGCCGUCGUCGUCCUCGUCGUCUGCACCGUCCAGCAGCAGCUCCGCGCCGUCGUCGUCCUCGUCGUCUGCGCCGUCCAGCAGCAGCUCCGCGCCGUCGUCCUCGUCGUCUGCGCCGUCCAGCAGCAGCUCCGCGCCGUCGUCGUCCUCGUCGUCUGCGCCGUCCAGCAGCAGCUCCGCGCCGUCGUCCUCGUCGUCUGCACCGUCCAGCAGCAGCUCCGCGCCGUCGUCCUCGUCGUCUGCACCGUCCAGCAGCAGCUCUGCGCCGUCGUCGUCCUCGUCGUCUGCACCGUCCAGCAGCAGCUCCGCGCCGUCGUCGUCCUCGUCGUCUGCGCCGUCCAGCAGCAGCUCCGCGCCGUCGUCGUCCUCGUCGUCUGCGCCGUCCAGCAGCAGCUCCGCGCCGUCGUCGUCCUCGUCGUCUGCGCCGUCCAGCAGCAGCUCCGCGCCGUCGUCGUCGUCGUCGUCUGCGCCGUCCAGCAGCAGCUCUGCGCCGUCGUCGUCGUCGUCGUCUGCGCCGUCCAGCAGCAGCUCCGCGUCGUCGUCGUCGUCGUCGGCUGCGCCGACCAGCAGCAGCUCCGCGCCGUCGUCCUCGUCGUCUGCACCGUCCAGCAGCAGCUCCGCGCCGUCGUCGUCCUCGUCGUCUGCGCCGUCCAGCAGCAGCUCCGCGCCGUCGUCGUCCUCGUCGUCUGCGCCGUCCAGCAGCAGCUCCGCGCCGUCGUCGUCCUCGUCGUCUGCGCCGUCCAGCAGCAGCUCCGCGCCGUCGUCGUCCUCGUCGUCUGCGCCGUCCAGCAGCAGCUCCGCGCCGUCGUCGUCCUCGUCGUCUGCGCCGUCCAGCAGCAGCUCCGCGCCGUCGUCGUCCUCGUCGUCUGCGCCGUCCAGCAGCAGCUCCGCGCCGUCGUCCUCGUCGUCUGCACCGUCCAGCAGCAGCUCCGCGCCGUCGUCGUCCUCGUCGUCUGCGCCGUCCAGCAGCAGCUCCGCGCCGUCGUCGUCCUCGUCGUCUGCGCCGUCCAGCAGCAGCUCCGCGCCGUCGUCGUCCUCGUCGUCUGCGCCGACCAGCAGCAGCUCCGCGUCGUCGUCGUCGUCGUCGUCUGCGCCGAGCAGCAGCAGCUCCGCGUCGUCGUCGUCGUCUCGUCGUCGUGCGACGAGCAGCAGCAGCUCCUCGGCGUCGUCGUCGUCGUCGUCGGCGGCGACCAGCAGCAGCACCUCGUCGUCGUCGUCGUCGUCGUCGGCGGCGACCAGCAGCAGCUCCUCGUCGUCGUCGUCGUCGUCGUCGGCGGCGACCAGCAGCAGCUCCUCGUCGUCGUCGUCGUCGUCGUCGGCGGCCAGCAGCAGCAGCUCGGCGUCGUCGUCGUCGUCGUCGUCGGCGCCCAGCAGCAGCAGCGCGUCGUCGUCGUCGUCGUCGUCUGCACCGUCCAGCAGCAGCUCGGCGCCGUCGUCGUCCUCGUCGUCUGCGCCGACCAGCAGCAGCUCCGCGCCGUCGUCCUCGUCGUCUGCACCGUCCAGCAGCAGCUCCGCGCCGUCGUCGUCCUCGUCGUCUGCGCCGUCCAGCAGCAGCUCCGCGCCGUCGUCCUCGUCGUCUGCGCCGUCCAGCAGCAGCUCCGCGCCGUCGUCGUCCUCGUCGUCUGCGCCGUCCAGCAGCAGCUCCGCGCCGUCGUCGUCCUCGUCGUCUGCGCCGUCCAGCAGCAGCUCCGCGCCGUCGUCCUCGUCGUCUGCACCGUCCAGCAGCAGCUCCGCGCCGUCGUCCUCGUCGUCUGCGCCGUCCAGCAGCAGCUCCGCGCCGUCGUCCUCGUCGUCUGCGCCGUCCAGCAGCAGCUCCGCGCCGUCGUCGUCCUCGUCGUCUGCGCCGUCCAGCAGCAGCUCCGCGCCGUCGUCGUCCUCGUCGUCUGCGCCGUCCAGCAGCAGCUCCGCGCCGUCGUCGUCCUCGUCGUCUGCGCCGUCCAGCAGCAGCUCUGCGCCGUCGUCGUCCUCGUCGUCUGCGCCGUUCAGCAGCAGCUCCGCGCCGUCGUCGUCCUCGUCGUCUGCACCGUCCAGCAGCAGCUCUGCGCCGUCGUCGUCCUCGUCGUCUGCACCGUCCAGCAGCAGCUCUGCGCCGUCGUCGUCUUCGUCGUCUGCGCCGUCCAGCAGCAGCUCCGCGCCGUCGUCGUCCUCGUCGUCUGCGCCGUCCAGCAGCAGCUCCGCGCCGUCGUCGUCCUCGUCGUCUGCGCCGUCCAGCAGCAGCUCCGCGCCGUCGUCCUCGUCGUCUGCGCCGUCCAGCAGCAGCUCCGCGCCGUCGUCGUCCUCGUCGUCUGCGCCGUCCAGCAGCAGCUCCGCGCCGU